AUGGUCCAGUCAACCACACCGCCGGCAUCGUCGCCUCCCACAGCCAUGCCAACGUCGAGCUCACCACCAAUACCACCCGCGCACGCCUCCUCCACCCACUCCCUAGAGCGCACCACCUCGCACGACGAUCACCAUCAUGACGACGACGACACCACCGCCGCCCCCACACCCGAGAGCGCCACAGAACACCGCGUCAAGGUGGCGCUGCAGGACCAGACCAACUUCCUGCCCCGCAAGCAGGUCAUCCUCGUCUUUGCCGGUCUCUCGGCCGCGCUGCUCGUCGCACUCCUGGACCAGUCCAUCAUCAGCACCGCGCUAGGCACCAUCACCGCCUCCUUCCACGCCGGCAACGAGAGCUCCUGGCUUUCCACGUCUUACCUCCUCACCUCCACCGCCUCCAGCCCGCUGUACGGCAGGUUCAGCGACAUCUUUGGCCGCAAGGCGUGCAUCAUCUUUGCGCUCACCGGCUUCCUGAUCGGCAGCGCGCUCUGCGCAGCCGCACAGUCCAUCACCCAGCUCAUCGUCUUCCGCGCCUUCGCGGGCGCCUUUGGCGGCGGCAUCGUCUCGCUCGUCAUGGUCGUCGUCGGCGACGUAGUCUCGCUCCGCGAGCGCGGCACCUACCAAGGCCUGCUCGGCGUCGUCGUCGCGCUCUCCAAUUCGGGGGGCCCGCUCAUCGGAGGCGCGCUCGCCUCGGUCGGUUGGAGGUGGUGCUUCAUCCUCGCCGUGCCCAUCGCGCUCAUCGCGCUCGUCAGCGUCAUCCUCCUCCUCCCGCUCAAAAAGGUCGACGGUUCCGUAAAGAGCAAGCUCGCCAAGGUCGACUACCUCGGCACCGCGCUCGUGCUCGCCGCCACCGUGCUGCUGCUGCUGGGACUCAACUGGGGCGGCCAGCAGUACGCCUGGUCCAGCCCGCACGUGCUCGUCACGCUCAUCCUCGGCGCGGUCAUCUUUGUCGUGUUCGGCCUGGUCGAGGCGUACGUGGCGCCGCUACCGCUCGUGCCUAUGCGCCUGUUUGCCAUCGGCACCGUGUCGAGCGUGCUCGUCCAGACGCUCUGCUCCGGCGGCAUCUUCUUUCUGCUGCUCUUCUUUGUGCCCCAGUUCACCCAGGUCGUCAAGGGAUACUCGGGCGUCAAGGCGGGCGUCACACUCAUCCCGCUCAUGGCGGUGCAGGCGGUCAUGUCGACCGUGGCGGGCAUCGUGGUCUCAAAGACGGGGCGGUACAAGGUGAUCAUUGUGGUUGGGUUCGCGAUAUUCAGCGUGGGCGUGGGGCUGCUAUCGCUGCUGGACGAGCACUCGAACAUCGGCGAGGUGAUUGGGUUUCUCAUGCUGGCAGGGUUUGGCGCGGGGGGAACGUUGCAGGUGACGCUGGUGGCUGCGCAGAAUGCGGUGCACCGGCGCGAUCUGGCGGUAGUCACGUCGACGCGCAACUUUAUGCGUCUGUUUGGAGGAACGCUGUGUUUGGCGAUCAGCUAUACGAUUCUCAACAACAGUGUGCGCAGCGGGGCGCGCGGGUUGCCCGCGGAUGUGGUGGCGGCGGCGGUGCGCAAUCCGAAGCUGAUCACGUCCGGAGAGUGGGAUAAGGAUGUGUCGGAGCAGCUACUGCGCGCGUAUGUGCUGGCUUUCAGGAAUGUCUUCCGCUUCGGACUGGGGUUGACGCUGCUGGCGUUUGUGGUGACGCUGGUGUUUACCAAGGAGUUCAGUCUGGACCGCGGGGAUGACGAGCGCAGGAAGGAGGAGGGCAAGCAGUGGUAUCGGGAGAAGAAGGAGCGGAGGCAGGCCAAGAAGGACCAGAGUGCGCCGCAUAGUACGCGGCAUUCGCAUGAGUCGCACGCGCGCGAAAGCGAGCGCGAUGUAGAGAAGGCCACCCCCCGCGCUCGCACAGCAUAG